UGAAGGACAGUGAAGAGGCAUUGAGUCCUUCAGUGAUGGACCAGAAGAAUGCCAUCCAUUGUCGGGGAUGCGUGUGCUGGAGCCUGAUGGAAAACGGGGAAACGGCAAAAAAUCAACACUGCUCCCCAAUACGUUAUCGUCCAUUCAGGCAACAGUCCUCGGAAGGCAGGGAGACGCACACGCGGGAUCUCUUUGGCCGAAGGAGGCAGGGGAAGAUCUCAACUCCCCAGAAGAAGGGGCGGAGGUCUGAGCGGACGGGGACAGUUAGUUUGACGCCUUCUAAAUUGAUCGCCGGAGCCAUGGAGCUUUUGGAUUGCAGUGAUGGCUUAGCAAGAAGGCAGGGGAGUCGCAUAGUCAAGGAGGUUUUAUGUGAGAGUGGCUCUAGCUCUGAAGAUGACAUCAGUGUGCAGGUUUAUUCACAAGAUGAAGAUGAAGAUGAAGACAAACAUCAAGAGUCAGGAAUAGCAAAGGAGAAGAUGGAGGAUCCCUUCCUCAAGUCUAGCUGUGGAAAACUCAGAUUGAAGGAAAUGAAGGCUGAGCAUUCUCCAAGGCAAAAGGGGAUCAAUCCACUGAAAGCUGUUGGCUCGUUAUUACCACUGGGAAAAUUACCAGCUAGAAAAUCUUUCCCUGACUGUGACUUAGUUAGCAGAAUUUGCCAAGAUGACCUAAUUUAUAAUCAUGACCAGUUGGUGGAACAAAAUGCAAAUUCAGGUCCAAGCCAUUGUGUAGGUAAAACCAAUGAGGAUUUAUCACAAAGCAAGGUUAUCAAAGAUACAUGUCAGAAGGCAUUUUGUGCAAGUGAAAUGUCAGUGCAUUUGACAUUUCCAGAAGGCAACACAGCACAGAAUGAUAACCAGUGCAUAGACCUGGAAAAGAUGCAGAAACCAGUUUGUGAUCACAAUGGACCAAUGAUUAAGCAUCAGUGCAAAGACAGUUCAUUUAUCUGUAGCUUUAAGACCAUGAAUAAAGAUAAGCUAGACCCCAAAAAAGCCUAUGAGGUAAGGAAGACGCCAGCUCAGAUUUGGGAAGAAAGUAAAAUCCACUGUGUAAAAUAUUUCUCAAAGGACAGAUACCCUUCCCUCGUCAAUAAUCCAUUCAAUUUAAAUCUAGACAUUCAGGCUACAGUAGAGACGUCAUGUGAGCAACAAUCUUCAGCAAGUUGUGAAAGCUCAACAACUGACAGUGCUAAAUCCCUAAGCAGAGAAAGAAGGUCAAGUAGUAAAGACAGAGACAAAUGCAACAUAUUUGCAAAGCUUUGCACAAAUGAACCAAGCCACAAACACAGACGGUUGAGUAUUGACAGUGCUCUGUCACAAAACUCGGUGAACUUCUCUGGUUAUCAUAAAAACAGUUGCAACUCCUUUGAUAAAUUCAAAAUUUUUGCCCGACAUAACAAUGGGCACAGUGGGCAAGGAGGAGGUUCCUGUUAUCCCCAGAUUGAGCAGAAUGGAGGUAGUGGCUUUGCAGAAGGCACAGAUACUUUAAAUCAGAAUGCCAUGAUUACAUCACCACGCUACAGGUCCCAGAAACUCGGGUAUGACCCCCUCAUGUUGCAAAGUAAGCCCCUCCUGCCGGGCUUCGUGGACACGCACUGCCACCUCGACUUCCUGUUCCGGCGCAGCAGCCACGACUCGAGCAGCCACGCCCGUUUCCAGGCCCUGUGCCAAGGCCAGGAUGCCUACCCGGUGAAUUACGAGGGCUGCAUCGCCAUCUUCUGCCAGCCCUGGACGUUUGGGAAGACCUCAUGGUGGGAGAGCUUCCUUAGGGAGGCAAAUGUUUGGGCGGCAUUUGGCUGUCAUCCGCACUAUGCAAAUUUCUUUGGCGAGGAGGAGGAGGAACAGCUGAGGCUCACCUUGUUCAACCCUAAGGUGCUGGCCGUCGGGGAAAUUGGACUGGAUUACUCGGGCAGGAAUAAUCAGCAACCGGAGCAACAGAAGUUAGUGUUUAGACGGCAGCUGAAAAUCGCCCUGGAGUUCAACAAACCUCUUGUGAUUCACUGCCGAGAUGCAGAGAGGGACUGCCUGGCUAUUUUGAAGGAGCUUGUCCCACGGAACUAUUUAAUCCACUGCCACUGCUUCACGGAGGGCUGGGAGGAGGCUCAGGAGUGGCUAAAUGCCUUCAGUAACCUGUACUUGGGCAUAACGGGGCUAGUGACCUAUCCGAACUCCGAGAGGGCGUGGAGAAUUCAGGAUGUUGUUCGGCAGAUUCCUCUGAGUCGGCUGCUGCUGGAGACGGAUGCUCCUUAUUUCAGGCCUUAUUGCUACCAAGGGAGUGGACGCUGGUCUCACCCAGGCAUGGCCAUCCACGUGGCAGCGCAGGUGGCGUCCGUCCGCGGGGAAAGUAUCGAGAAGGUCCUCGCGUAUGCCAGAAGUAACACCAAGACGGUCUAUGGCAUUUAAAGAUUGGCGUGUGUUAGCUGGGCGUGGUUUAGGAUUAGCUGGGGGUGACUAGGAUCGUCGUGGGAGAGUGAGAGUGAGUGUGGUUGUGUGGUGCGGAGAGUGAGUGCGAGCGUGUAAUAUUGAAAGUGAAUAUGGGUGUGAGAUUGAGAGUGAAGGUAUGUGAAACAGAGAGUGAGUUUGAAUGUGUAUGACUGUGGGUGAGUGUCAGUCAGUGAGACUGAGUGUGGGUGAGUCUGUGAUAUUGGAAAUGAGUGUGAGUGUGUGAGAUUAAGAGGGAAUAUGAGUUUGUGAGUGUGAGUGUGUGUGUAUAUGAGAUUAAGUGUGAAUGAAAUUUAGAGUGAGAUUAAGAGUGAGUAUGAAUAUGUAAAAUUUUGAAGUGUUUGAGAGUGAGUGGGUGUUUGAUUUUAAGAGAGUGAGAAUAUGAUUUUAGAGUGAGAUUGAAGGUGAGUGUGUGAGACAGAGUAAGAAUGAGAGUGAGAGAGUAAGAGAUUGAUAUUGAGUGAAUGAAAGAGAGUGAAUAUGAAUGUGUAAGAUUAUGUGUGUGUGUGUGUGUGUGUGAGAGAGAGAGAGAGAGAGAGAGAGAGAGAGAGAGAGAGAGAGAGAGAGAGAGAGAGAGAGAGAGAGAGAGAGAGAGAGAGAGAGAGAGAGAGAGAGAAAGUGACUGAGUGACUGAGUGACGAAGUGAGUGAGCAAGUAAGUGACUGACUGACUGACUGACUGACUGACUGACUGACUGACUGACUGUCUGACUGACUGACUGACUGACUGACUGACUGAUAGUGAGCGAGUGGAUGAUAAGAUACAAUAUGGAUCAUUUUUAUUUGAAAUCGUAUUUUGUAUAAUAUGAGUCUUUAUUUUGAGUAGUAUUUUGCAACAUGUUAUGUAUGUGUGAUUCACAUAUUAGUUGAUGUAGAAUUUUUAUUUCAUUAGGGAUAUUCUUUAAUACAUCUGAAUUUGUACAACAUGCAAGUUAGAUACCAGCGUAA